AUGUAUGUAAGUUAUAAAAAGAAUGAUGGCACACAAGUUAAAGUUCCAUUAGACAACAACUGUUACUUAAACUUAUAUGGAGACGAACAAAAGAAAUAUUUAAGAGUUUAUGAAAUGACAGAUAUGACAUUGUCUAACCUAGCUCCAGCACCAUAUUAUUAUGACUAUGGAGAUGAUGUCAGAACACCACAUGUAGAUGAACAAAAGUUAACAUUAUAUUUAGAUUAUUAUAGAUAUAAAAGAUAUAAUGCAAUAGAAAAAACGAGAAUAGUAUAUUAUUAUACAGAUGACAGAAAUAAAUAUUAUAGUCAAAAUUUUACCUACCCCGAAAACAUAAGAUUAUAUUAUAAAAAAUAUUCUAACACAAACCAAAAGAAACCUGAAAUAGUUGCACUAUAUUUUAAGUUCAAAAGAGACAAUCCUAUAAUAUCUCAUAUGUUUGAUUUAAUGAACCCAGUAGGUUCUAUUUAUACAUCUACGGAUGCAAGAGGUCCUCAAGCAAUGUUUGGUGUUGGUGCAUGGGAACAAAUAGUCGACAGGUUUUUGUAUUGUGCAAACUCAUCAAAGGAAACAGGUGGAAGUAAAACGAUUUCAGGUGAAAAUUUACCUGCACAUAGUCACUACAUAGAUUUAAGUACAUCUCAAGCAGGUUUGCAUAGUCAUAGAUUUUGGGAUUGGUCAGGAAUGACAAAAGGUAAAGGAUAUGAUGUUAAAGAGGACGUUAAGUUUGCUAUAAAUUGUUACUGGAAUAACACUGAUGUAGGAGGAAUCCAUACACAUCGCGUUACAGGAUAUACACAAACAACGGGACAAAGUAAAGAUUACAUGCCACCAUUUAUGACAGUUUACGCAUGGUAUAGAGUUCAAUGA